AUGGCGAUUAAGCAAGAGAUGGGUGCGUCUAGCGGUUUGGACCCGCUGGACCCUCUGGACCCGCUUUCGAAUGCGGAGUUUUGGCACGCAUCUCCUUCUUUUGAGAUGAUGAAUUCGCCGAAGGUGUCACCUGCGAGCACUGUGAUGACGCAUACGCCUAGUGUGGGCGGGCAGCAGAGUAGCAACAGCGAGGUUUCGUACAAUAAUGUUCUGAGUGAGAAUGCGAUAGAGGCAUUGCAGAAGCAACAGGACCAGAACAAGUUGAUCCACUUGGACCCGAUUCCUGACUUCAAGGACAAGAGCGAGGUGAAGCCGUGGCUCCAGAAGAUAUUUUAUCCGCAGGGGAUCGAGAUUGUGAUUGAGCGGUCGGACAGCAUGAAGAUUGUGUUCAAGUGCAAGGCUGUGAAGAAGGCGAGGAGCGGGGUUGCGGCUGCGGCGGCCGCGGCGUCUUCGGGUUCUGGGGUAGCGGGGAGUUCCGGCCACUUCCUAGGGUGUGCGUACGUGGGCAUGAACACGAAUCCGAUGUUGAAUAAGGGUUCGAGUAAGAAGAAGGAUGGCAGCGGUAAUAAUGCCAGGUGCAAGGACGAGAAGUGCGGCGGCGAUGGGUCGUGUGAAAAUAGCGGCGGCGCUAACGUCGACGCUAAUGCUGCGGAAAAUGCUAAUGCUAGUAAUAGUACCACAUCCACGGGCAAAAAGAAGAGGGUCACUGGUCCAUACAACUCGUGUCCCUUCAGAGUGCGAGCUACUUUCUCGUUGAAAAGGAAGAAGUGGAACAUCGUGGUGAUUAACAACGUGCACACCCACCCGCUACGGUUCAAUCCCGACAGCGAGGACUACAAAAAAUUUAAAAAGGGUCUAUACGACAGCGGCGAUAUCGAGACGGUCAAGAAAUUCGACGAGCUCGAAUACAGAACUAAAUCGAACCUGCCUAUCGAUUUGAGCCCUAUCCCAUGUGACUGUGGUCUAACACAGGAAAUCCAGUCCUUUAAUAUCGUCCUUCCAACAACAAACAUUAUAGCAUCAACCAGCAGAGCUGGUUCUUCUGAUGCAAACACUGUGUCAAAGCCAAAGAAGUGUAAAAACUCUUUGAAGAAGAAAUCAAAAAAAUUGAGGCUAAAGAAUACAAAACAAAAGUUGCAACAGGAUAUCGAAAGCAACAGCGCUCAUACUUCCGCUACAGGAACGCCAUUAGGAAAUGUACCAAAUACACUGAAUCUCCAAUUUGAUGUCAACAUGGACUUGGGUGUACAGUCCACUUCUGGAUCAAAUAUGAAUUCAAGCGUGGUAUUAACCCCUCAAGAAAACAUAUAUUCGCAUGAUUUCUUCCCCAACACAGCUUCCUCGCAACGUAAUGACUCACCAAACUUUUCAAAUCUAAACCCAAGCUACUUUAACACUGAGAAUGAAAUUGACUUCACGGAGCUAUUUAGCAAACCAUUACCUCAUUUCAAAAACAAUCAGCAACCUGUACCCCAAUCACAGGAUGCUAUUCCACUCUCGUUUUCUCAUAAACCAUCAAACAGUGGUAUUCCGGACACCCAUCAUUCUCAGGCCCAAGGCAGGCAUAUGUUAUACCAGAACGUUGAUUCUACACCAUCUACUCAUUCAUCACCUAGUAUGAAUGUAAUGACCACAGGAAAGAAUUCUAUGACAAUCACACCAGCUCUUAACACAGCUACAGCAGCAACAGGACCCACUCAGAGUUCCGUGCCAUUGUACUCAUCGGAUAUAUCUAAGGAACAAAUUCAAGAUUUCGUUGACAUGAAUCAAAUUUUCGGCACCUCCGAAUAUUCUAAAGACCGUAAUUCUAACUCAAAUACCCCGAACUCUGUGAUUCCAGGACGGUCAUUAAACUUUCAACAUUCUAGAUUACCAACUUCAAAUCAACAUCAGAAUCAAAGUGCUAUUUGUGAAAUAAAUAACUAUGAUGUCUGUGCAAAUGACUUUGGACAAUGUGGCGGUGUCGGCGCUGGUGUCGAAACCAAUUCACAUAGUAAUACUAACAGUAUUACCUUGACGACUAGUUCUAUGGGUAAUGGUAUCAACUCGAGCGUCCAUGGUUAUGAUAUUCCAAUUAAAACAGAGUUAACUUCAAACCCACAGGAGUAUAUCUCUAAUGUACUGAAUACGGAUUUUAACGAACUUAAACUUUCCCAAGAUGAACAACAUCAGCAACAAGGUGGCAUGAACAACCUCGGUUCUCAAUCAAAUUACAACUACCAGUUAAUGUUCGAUGAGGAGUUAAAUCAACCUCAACAAACAACGCAUAACCCUCACACCCUGUGGGAAGAACCUCAUGGAUUCCUUCAGUGA